UUUUCAAAUAGUCAAUAUCGAACCUUCUUUCGCUAGUAUCUUGCUGUGUCUCGACAUUUUGUGCUAGCGAGCGUCUGUUGGGUAGACGGGCUAGCGACGCAACGAUAACCCACCGGCGACAAAAACCAGAGCCCCGUGGCCAGUAAAGAGGGCUGCCUCACAUCAGAGUCUUUUUCGUGUUUAGAAUCGUCACGGUCGGUACUUGGACAUCGCACACAGUCCACAGUGUUCUGCUUGGCCCUAGGCUACCCGGUUAUUUUUAGCUUGAGAAGAACUCGUCUGUACCGCCAGUCACUGCCCACUUGGCCUGCACGAGUGUCAACAAACCGCUAUUUAACUCUUCAGAACAGACAAAGCAUAAUUUCCUUCAAUUGACUGUGCCUAAAGACAGCGCCGCAAGUUGAAGCACAGUAAGCGGUGCUUAUGUGUCCGUCUCCAUAAGAAGAUAUUGUUUAUCGUACGAUAAUGUUUGGAAAUUGCUGUUUAAUAGGUUGAGGUCAUUUUAAAUUGAGCUACUAUCGUUCGGGAAAGAACACAGAGUGACAAAAUGACUUGGCUGUGUGCAGUGUUAGCAAGUGUAACUGUUGUAUCCAUCUCGUUUUCAACAGGAGUGCACGGUGGCACCUAUAAGAUUGCCGGUGUAUUCAGCGCAGAGACUGGUCAAGUAGAAUCUAAAGUAUUUGCGCGCGCAGUCGAUCGCGUGAACACGGACAACCGGGAGUUCCCGGAAGUGCAAAUGCAGGCCAUACCGAUCAUGCUGAAAGAGGGACAAACCUGGGAAAAUUAUCAAGAACUGUGCCGUCAAUUUGAGAGCGGGGUUGUGGCAAUUGUCGGAGCGGAGUCAUCGGUUGAGGACUCGCUGAUUUCAUCGGUAUCAUCUGCCGUCCGCAUUCCGCAUAUUCGUACAGGUUUCAAUCGAGAGCUCGAAGAUCCUGACGAUCUAUCGCUCGGACUUGCCCCGUCGCCAUCGGAUCUUGCUGAGGUUGUCAGAGAACUAAUACUCCACAUGGGCUGGAACCACAUCGUCUACAUUUACGACACGAGCACUGGGCUUUUAAGGAUGAAUGAGCUUGAAGAAGAUCCAGAAUUUAAGGGCCGUCGUCUUGUUCCUAUUGAUCUCUCCGUUGACGCAAAUCCCUGGGACAAUAUUAUUAAGCUUUCGAUUCGACACGUUGUGGUCGACAUCGAAAGUAAAUCCGUCCAUCAGGUCCUCAAAGAGAUUUCCAUGUCGGGCCUGUCGCAGGACUACUAUAGCUUUAUUAUGCCAAACAGCGAUAUCCGAUUACCGGAAAACUCAACGCAGCGGACGUUUUUCAUAGAUGCCGACGUCUACACGUUCUCACUGGUCGAUCCAGACAACAGGGAAAUGCACUGGAUCUAUCGUAUGCUUGAGAUGAACUCAUCUGAAAACGAGCCAAACCUACCAUUCAUCUACGAUUCGGUGCUCCAAAUCGGACACACGUUAAAUAACCUCACCAAAUUGCAAAGGCCAAUUAGGAGUUCCCCUGGCAACUGUACCUUAAAGGUCGCCUUUAAAGACGGCCGUAAACUAUAUGACAGCAUUCGAGAGUCAACGAAAUUUGAGGGUGUCACAGGCUUCGUCGAGUUUGAUGAUAAGGGGGCUCGUAAGGUCAAGCACGUUCACGUCAAAUUGCUGAAAGAUGGCAAACUAACAAAGGUAGCCGAUUGGCGUCCAUUGGAUGGUCUUACAUUCAUUAAAGAACUGGAUCCAAAGGGCGAACCAGAUGAAGCCCUUGAGCACGAUGAGGGUCUCAAUAAUCGAGCCCUCGUUGUUACAACCAUUCUCUUGCCUCCGUUCUUGAUGCGCGAUGACAGUCCCCAUCUAAAAGGCAAUGAACGUUAUUCCGGCUUUAUCGUGGAUUUGUUGGAGAAGCUUGCACGACUACUCAAGUUCCAGUAUCUCAUUAAGGAAGUUGAGGAUGGCGCUUACGGGACGUAUAAUGCGACCACCAAUAGCUACAACGGAAUGAUCGGAGAAAUACUGCUUGGCAAAGCUGACAUCGCAGUUGCCCCGUUUACAAUUAACGCUGAGCGUUACCAGAUCCUCGAUUUCAGCUUUCCAUUCCUCGAGGCGGGCCUGGGACUUCUAGCUAGACGGGAGGUCGACCCACUCGAACACAACUUUUUAAGUCCGUUCUCCGCGAUAAUGUGGUUCUCUCUGUUCGGGACAAUGAUGUUCGCCACAUUCGUUAUUACGUUCAUCGCCCGAUUAUCGCCUCGGGAAUGGUCAUCGGUUACCGAUACCGUAAUUGAAACACAUUUCACCGUGGGAAACUGCUUCUGGUACCUCUACUCGACCCUCAUGUUCCAGAGAUUCCAGCAUCGACCGAAUUCUCUUGGAGUCAUAGUUGCAUUUUUUGCCUGGUUUAUCUUCUGCUUGGCUAUUAUGGUGUCGUACGGAACAGUAUUGGGUGACUUCAUUAUCAAGUACAACGAACGGCCGGCCCUCUCGAAGAUUGAUGAUCUUCGAUCAGAGAAUAACCGUGUAAAGUUCAGUGCAAUCAAGACCGGAUCCACGAUGCGUUUCUUUGAGGAAACGGAGUAUCCCAACUACAAGCAGCUGUAUGCCAAACUGGACAAGGACGCAGCAGUUCGAAAUCUUAGCGAAGCUAUUCAGCGGGUGAAAAAUGAGGACUUUGCUUUAUUCUUGGAGACACCCUAUAUCGAGUAUUUCGUAGGGCACGAUUGUUCACUGCAACAGGUUGAGGGCACAGUGGGAAGUGUAAGCUAUGGAAUUGCGAUGUCACAAGGGUCAUCUUUACAAAAAUAUUUAUCGGCCGGGGUAUUGAGUCUGCGUCGUGAAGGUUCACUGCAAUCUAUGCGUGCAAAGUGGUGGAACGAGCAACAUGCCGGGCGUCAUUGUCCAGAUCAUCUACACAUUGUCAGGCCCACUCCGUUUACGGUUCGUUUCGGUCGGGUAAACAUGUUGUUUGUCUUCUUGUUAGGUGGCAUCAUUCUCUCGGUUGCCAUCACAAUUUACAAUUACGUCCGAAAACAAAUGACUAUUGAGGACAAAAACGAGUUUCGGUACUUUUUACCGACGCUAAUCCGAGAAGUUGAAACAUUGUUCCGAAAACGUCCAGUUCCAACUAAUCCCUCCCCGGAGCCGACAGCAGCUUAAGUUUCAACAGCUGAAAGCAAUCGCAUAUUUAGUGAUGAUGCAAAUACUUCAUCAUAUGGCAUAAGAUACACUUUUGAAAAAAGACAUAUAUGUUAGGUUUAGUUAUUACUAUGGAAUCGUUUUUUAAAAAAUAAGUGAACAGAUUUGGGUUAAACGUUUUUCGUGGAUGUGUCAAGAAACGGUUGGGUGCUUAGAGAAUUGUUAGUAGAGGAGUUUCUGCGUCACAGAAAAACGGUGUUUAACGAAUAUGAUCAUUUAUUAGUUAUGUUAUCAACUAUUAUAUACAACUGUGCCAUAAUUCAACUAAUCUAUAGUAGUAUGCAACAGUUCUGAAGAUGUACAUUAAACAUAUUUACUGUUUUGGUAUUAUAUUCGGCUUACUGAACCAAUAGAGACAAUGUACUCAUAUUUGUUUGAAUUUUUCAUUGAUAAAGGUAAUGGCUUAAGUAGUGUCCUCUAUCAAUUUACUCAGAUUUCAAAUCAGAAAUGGAAAUGAUAAUUAACUGUAGUAACUAGUAAGUAUUUUUCCGAGAGACAGAUACGUUCAGCUUGUUCACGAUGUGUUCAUUAACGAGAGGAUACAAAAUAUCAUGCAGGGAUAUCAGGAAAAUACUGCAGAGUCCCUAUGCGGCUCUGACAAUGCAGGCAGGUGACACGCUUAUAGCACUGAGUGCAUAUAACUUUAUAUGCUCAAUCGUACGCCAUAUGUUUGUCCGGAAGAAUAUAUGUUAGUUAUUCCUACAAUACGAGCAAAAGAUCAAUUUCGUUGUCGGAAUUUUCUACGACG